AUGAGCCUCGCGGAGUUCGCCUCUGAAGCACUACUAUGUUACUAUCCAGCUAACUGUUGGGCGUGUAUUCAUAUGACCAAGUGGCGCUCAUUUUUAGCUAGGACAGGCAUCGAAGCGGCAGGGCAACAUAGCCCUAUGUGUACUGGCCGUUGUGGUCGCGUGUUCCCUUUAAGUUUCUUUGGAGAUCCAAUUCAGGGCCGCACUGCUGUAAGAAUCUCUGAUGGGGGUCCCGAUCUACAUCGUGGUACUGAUCUAUCAAUAUUGUAUACGCCAACAUGUUUGCAGAGCCGAAAGUUCCGUGGAGGCUGCGUGGGAAAAGACCGAGAAGAGGCGACUUGGAAUCGCUAUCUGCGCGGUUACCAGGCUCCAUUCUCUGAGUCUGCCCCCCAAGUCUUUACCCUCAUAGUGCAGCCUUACAUGUAUACAGCAUACAUGUAUAUUGUCCUAAGCGCCAGCAAAAUGUGUAUUCAUGAAGCAGCACUAUCUGGCUAUACAUCGCUGCCCCAGCAGCCUCUUUUUGCUACAUUCUUGUUGUGAGCGCCGAUCGCCGCUUGGAGCAGGAAUAGCAACCGGCCACAACGCUGCGUGGGAUGCUACCAACUGCAAAGCUUGUCACAUGCAGAAUCAUGAAGAACACGUCCAACAGCUUGGGGGCCAAAAUCAACAAUGGCACAAGCGCCCCGACCGUCUCUGAUAAGUGGCUCAAAAAUUAUGCAUUCUGUACAAAGAAGAUAGCUAGUGACACGUCCCUAAGUCAUCUUCGGUGCAUUUAAGCCUCUGGUUCCUGGACUAGU